GCGAGCGGACCUCGCGUUGGCAGUACGCACAGCAGUGUGACGAACUCAGCAAUGAAGUCAAGAAGCUCCGGACUGAGCUGUGCACUUACAAAAAGGAACAUGAACCGAGCACUCGUGCUGAUUCCACCACGAGUCUAUCGCCUACCGACUCUCCAGAAAUUGACCCGGCUGAGUUGAGGAAGAUCAAAAAGGUUCAGAGCUUCUUUAGAGGAUGGCUGUGCAGACGUCGAUGGAAGCAGAUUGUUGAGCAGUACAUCAAGAGUCCUCAUGCUGAGAGCAUGAGGAAGAGGAACAGCCUCGUUUUCAAAAUGGUUGAAGCUGAAGAAGAAUAUCUUGAGCAGAUGGAGAUUCUGGUGACCUGCUUCCUCCGUCCGUUCAAAAUGGCGGCGAGCUCGAAGAAGCCGCCGUGCACCCACGAGGAUGUGAACUCCAUCUUCCUGAACAGCGAGACGGUGCUGUUCUUGCACCAGAUCUUCUUCAAAGGGCUCACCUCGAGAAUGGAGUCCUGGCCCACACUCGUAUUAGGAGACCUAUUCGACAUGCUGCUCCCGAUGCUGACGAUCUACCAGGAGUACGUGCGCAACCACCACUACUCGCUGCAAGUGCUGACGGAGUGCAAGCAGACGCAGCCAUUCGCUCAGCUCCUGGCCCGUCUGGAAAGCAAGUCAGCCUGCCAGAGCCGAAGCUUGGAAACCUUCCUCACCUAUCCUAUGCAUCAGAUUCCUCGAUACAUAAUAACUCUCCACGAGCUGCUGGCGCACACGCCGCACGACCACGUCGAGCGCCGCAGCCUGCAGCACGCGCGUGCGCAGCUUGAAGAGCUGUCGCGCCAGAUGCACGAUGAGGUCAGCGAGACUGAGAACUUGCGGAAGAAUUUGGCGGUAGAAAGGAUGAUCAUCGAAGGUUGUGAUAUUUUGCUGGACGUCAACCAAGUCUUCAUACGGCAAGGCACUCUUUCUCAAGUCGUAGGCAAAGGUCGCAGAGCCACUCUUCAAGCUAGGCAAGCCUUUCUGUUCAGCAACCACCUGUUGCUGACCACCAGGGCUACUGGAGGAAGGCUGCACCUGCCUCCUGCAGGGAGACUGCCUCUGCACGAUGCUUUGUUGGUCGAGGACCCGUCUAACCAUGACGAUGAUGACACCUCAGUAUGCUCGUCUCCUGGAGGCGACGCUUAUCAAGGGAAAGACUUCAAGAUUCUAGUCGAAGUCAAAGGCGAACAAAUUUGUGCACAUUUGGAGUUGCAGCACGAGAAAGUGCCAAGCCAAAAUCUUUUUAUUCUAGUGGCUGCAACUCUUGAAGAGAAAGCAGCUUGGACCAGCGAGCUGGCCCAAUGCAUGGAGAGCGCUGCUCUAACCGAGCUACUCCGCGCUUGCGGGGCUUGCGGCGCCGCCUCCGCCUCGUUACCCGCGUGUCGCUCGGACCGAGCCCUUUUCACUGAUGACGUGGAUAUCCGGUUUAGCCGCACGUUAAACUCGUGCAAAGUGCCACAGAUUCGGUCUGCCACUCCUCAAAGGCUUUUGCAGAGGCUUACUGAUCUCCGCUUCCUCUCGGUGGACUUCCUCAACACGUUCCUGCUAACGUACCGCGUGUUCACGGACGGCGUGACGGUGCUCGAGGCUCUGAAGCAGGUGUUCUACGAGCAGUCGCAGCAGGAGUUGGAACUAGCCCCACCGCCUGAUGCCACAAGGAAAACUAGCGCGGCUAGCUCCGUGUCUGGUUAUGGAUCAGAAUACAGUGACAGAGAUUGGCAGUCACGAUUCUGGAGAACUUCACGAAAAAGUGAGGAGGACGACAAGUUGUCUCCAUACUUGAUGGCUCCAUCGCGCAGAACAUCUUCAGUUAGCAAGCCGGAGGAAGAUAACAGCCAUUUGACAAUCCCCAAGAUCAUGGCUACGUCGUCGAGCAAUGAGACCUUGAAAGGUAAAGGAAAAGAAGGGACAUCACCGUCUUCACCUGGGGCCAUCAGCUCAGUGACCCUGGUGGGGAGCCCGAAGAAGGCGAGUCCAGAACACACAGCUAAUAAGCCGGAGAGGAAGUCCCCUACCAAAGACAACGACGCUGCUGCUGCCAUAAUGAAAGUGAAGAAGGACGAGAGCAUCGAGCUGGUUGACCAGAGCGACGAAGACAUCAAGUACAAGGAGGAGGAGCAGGAGAAGAACAAGUACAAGAUCGACGACAAGUUCAAGAUCUCGCAGCGGUUCUCGGAGCGUGUUCGCACGAUGUCCGAGAGUCCGCGCCGCCUCGCUCCUUCCUCCGCGGCGGGGGCGGGGGGCGCGGCCGAAGCCCGGCGGCGCUCCGACAGCGCGCGCGACGCCGCCGCCGCCGCCGCGAGUGCCCGCGACGCCUCCGCCGCCGAGCCGCGCCGGGCGUCCGACUCCAACGCCGCCAGAUACGCGCAUAGGCGUGAGCGCCGCUACACCAACUCGUCGAUCAACAGCGAGCGGCGCCGCUACUGGGGCGGCUCUGAGCCGCGCUCCUCCGUCACCUCGCAGGUUUCACAGGUGGCUCAAAACUACCGCCGGGAAACCAGCCAGCCCAAAGCAGGUGUAGUCAUCACGUCAUUUAGGCAGUCUCACAGAAGGAGCAGUACCUCGACCGCCGCCGUAGCCUUCGCGGUAGCCACCUCAGCGUCGUCGAAUCCUAGGUCUCCGCCGCCCACGUCACCUCCAGCUACGAGGCGGGAUUCAGUCAUAUCUACAGCUGCUACUAUGCGGGUCCUGAAUGUAUUGAGGCACUGGAUUUCCAAACAUUCUCACGACUUCUGGGCGGAUGAGCGCCUGCGAGGACUGACGAUGGACUUCUUGAAGGAGAUUGAAGGGAGCCCUGGACUGCUUCCUGCUGAGCAUAAGGCAGCAGCUCAACUGCUCCGUCUGUUAGAACGCGCCCCAGACCGAGCUGUGGAUUUGAAAGCAUUAUUUGUUCCCCCUCAUGUGCCAACGAAGGAAAGUGUUGAAACUCUGUCUGCGCUGGAGAUUGCAGAACAGAUGACUUAUUUGGACUACCAAAUCUUCAGCUCAAUAAAUAGCGAAGAGUUCUUGGGUCAAGCAUGGACAAAGGCAGAUAAAGCGGAGCGAGCUCCUCAUAUUUUGAUGAUGACGUCCCAUUUCAACCAUAUUUCCAACCUGGUCAUAUCUGAGAUCUUGAAAAAAUAUACACUUGCUGGUCGAGUGGCAGCGAUUGAGAAAUGGGCGGCAGUAGCCGAUAUAGCCCGAUGCCUGCAUAACUUUAACGGUGUUCUACAAGUCUGUGCUGCCCUGUCUAACACGUCCGUGUAUCGACUCAAGAAAACUUGGGAGAAGGUGUCCAGAACUAGCAAACAAACAAUUGAAAGGAUGCAGACAAUAAUAUCAUCCGAGUGUCGAUUCAGAAUCCUCAGGGAUGCUCUACAUAGAUGUGAUCCCCCAUGUAUACCAUAUUUGGGCAUGUAUCUGUCAGAUUUGUCUUUUAUUGAAGAAGGCACAUCAAAUUACACCCCUGAUGGACUGCUUAAUUUCUCCAAGAUGAGGAUGAUUGCGCACGUCAUUCGUGAAAUCAGGAACUUUCAGCAAACUCCUUACAAGAUCGAUCACAUACCGAAGGUUUGCGAGUUCCUCCUGGACCGCUCUCUAGUCAUCGCCGAGGAGCGCCAAUACACGCUCUCCCUGGAGCUGGAGCCGCGCGCUGCUCGCGGCUCCACCGCGGGGCUGCAGCAGGCGCCGGCCUCCCCGGCCUCCUAGCGGCGUCGACGCGCCUCCUUGGCGGCCCUGGCGCCCUUGAGGCCCGACCGCUAAGGAGAGCGCGUUACAUCG